AUGGCUGGUAACAAUGGGUGGCGGCCAGUGAGCAACCCGAUUGGAGCCGGAGUACCAUGGGCCGGUAUGCCUCCAUCCAUUGGAGCACCACCCGGUUGGGGCGCGCAUCCGAUGCAGCCAUGGGCUGGAGCCCCCGGAGCACCAGUCGCUAACAUGCCUCACUGGCAAGGCGGCAUGGACAAAAACAUGCGGCCUGGGAUGAAGAUGCCGAUGCAACAACCCGGUGGACAGCAAUGGGGAGCCCACAAAGUCGACCAAGGUACCCCAUGGGAACACGGUGGUCAGAACAAGGAUUGGCAGCAAGGCGGCGGAAAUGCGCCGUGGCAAGGUGGGCCGGUGCCCGUUGGAGCACCGCAACCUGCGCAAUGGAGCCCGGCGAAUUGGCAGCAAGGCGCUCAGACUGGACGCAACGAUAUGGCGGCUAACCAGUGGCAGCCAAACCAAGGAGCCGUUCCCCCAUUGAUGGCCAUGCAGCCACAGCAGCAAUGGGGCCAACCACCACCUCCACAUAUUCAAGCUCAGCAACAACAACAACAACAACAGCAGCAGCAACAGCAACAGCAGCCGGAGCAAGGACGUCACAUGCAAGAGCGCGGCAUGGAAAACCCUGGCCAGUUCGGCCCCUGGGUUGCCCCCUACCCCUCUGAUGUCAACAACGAUAUGAUGUGGCACGAUCCGAACCCGAAGCAAAAGCGCAUGCAGCGUGACAUUGGGACUCAGGCCUGGGGCGAUCCGGCUUGCCAAGCCCAGGAAAUCCGUCGCUGGAAGGAGCAUACCGAGGAGGAGAACAAGGCCGGAAGUUCUGAAGCUUAUAAUGUGGGUUGGGGAGAACUGCCGAUUGGCGAUCGUUGGCAAGACAAUGGCCGACCUGGUUGGAGCGAAGAGCCGGAAUUACAAUACGCUGUCAAGAAAGGAUUCGUGCGCAUGGACAUCCUUGAGCGACAAUUGACUUCCGACCAGAUUAUCCUCCUCAAUCAGCUGCUUCACAAGGUCCCGCGACUUGAGCAAGCUCAACAAGAACUCGACCAACUCCGUCGCAGUGCUACCAACAUGCCCGCCGUGACGUACCAAACUGAAGUUGAUCGCCUGACUUCCGAAGUCGAGCAACUGAAGCUCGAUAUGUCAAUGAUCCAGAGCAAGAUUGCUGAGCGCGCCGCCACCUCGACCGCCGCUGCUGGUUCGAAGCUUCAACAAUGGCGCCGUAACACAACCGAGGAACAACUGAAGGGCCUUGAGAUGACGAUGACGGAGAUGAGCAUGCAAGACAAGCCGGGCGACUGGACGACAAAUGUUGGUGAUUGGAAUUCAACCGGCGGUGACAAAGAAGAUGACGGAACUGGCGAAGGAGGGCCGCGCGAAUUUGUUCCUGGCAAGAAAUGGGAGUGGCGUGACCCGAAGAAGAUGGCCGAAGACCCAAAUGCUACCCCAGCGCUUUUUGCGGGUGGACCGGCAAUCGCUGGCCCAUUCGCGAGCACUUGGGGCCCGCAGGGUGACUCGAUGCCCGGUGGUGGAUGGCUUUGCAUAACAAUUGCCCCGAAUGUCGGUGAACGAACCAUUCGCAGCACUGCUGAGCAAGUGGGCACACUCGCCCAGACGUUCAUCUACCGUGAAGUCGCCUAUCUCAAGUUCAAAGAACAGACCCCGGAACAAGCCCUCACAAAAGAUCACCGCCCUGCUGCCAUUCGCCAACGUCUAUGUCAGCGAUGGCGAAGAAGCAGCCGGUGCGGCCGAAAACUUCUGGCCAGAUUCGUGAUCCCAUCAUCCUUCCGUAAUUCGCUUAUACCCCUACGACUCCUUUAU